UCCAUUUGUUCACCAUAGGUGGAGUGACCACGAUGUCUGGUGGAGACGAGGAGCCAGGUCACUACUAUGUGGGCAUCGAUGUUGGAACAGGGAGUGUCCGUGCAGCUCUGGUGGACCAGAGAGGCGUCCUUUUCGCUUUCGCAGAACAUCCAAUUGAGAAGUGGGAGCCCCAAUUCAACCACCAUGAACAGUCCUCAGAGGACAUCUGGGCCGCGUGUUGCCUUGUCACAAAGAAAGUUGUUGAAGGGAUUGAUGCACACCGAAUCCGAGGUCUUGGGUUUGACGCCACGUGCUCUCUGGUUGUCUUGGAUAAAGAGUUUCGUCCUUUACCGGUGAACCAUGAAGGGGAUUGCUCUCGAAACGUUAUCAUGUGGCUGGACCAUCGAGCGGUCAGCCAGGUUCGCAGGAUCAACGAGACCAAGCAUGGUGUCCUCCAGUAUGUGGGUGGUGUGAUGUCUGUGGAGAUGCAGGCCCCAAAGCUCCUGUGGCUGAAGGAGAACUUGAGAGAGACUUGCUGGGAUAAGGCGGGACAUUUCUUUGAUCUCCCAGACUUCUUAUCAUGGAAAGCAACAGGUGUCACAGCACGGUCUCUCUGUUCGUUGGUGUGCAAAUGGACAUACUCAGCUGAGAAAGGUUGGGAUGAGAGCUUCUGGAAGAUGAUUGGUUUGGAAGAUCUCACUGGUGAUAAUUACAGCAAAAUAGGAAACCUCGUGCUGCCUCCUGGAGCUUCCCUUGGAAGUGGGCUCACACCAGAGGCAGCCAGAGAGCUGGGACUUCCCUCAGGAACCGCUGUGGCAGCCUCACUCAUUGACGCCCAUGCUGGAGGACUAGGAGUGAUUGGAGCAGAUGUGAGAGGUCACGGCCUUGCCUGUGAGGGACAGCCAGUGACGUCACGGCUGGCUGUCAUCUGUGGAACAUCAUCCUGUCACAUGGGGAUCAGCAAAGAUCCAAUUUUUGUACCGGGCGUCUGGGGACCUUAUUUCUCAGCCAUGGUCCCUGGCUUCUGGCUGAAUGAAGGUGGUCAGAGUGUGACAGGAAAAUUGAUAGACCAUGUGGUUCAAGGCCACCCUGCCUUUCCUGAACUACAAGCCAAGGCCACAGCCAGAUGCCAGAGUAUGUAUGCAUACUUGAACAGUCACCUGGAUCUGAUUAAGAAGGCUCAGCCUGUGGGUUUCCUCACUGUUGAUUUACAUGUUUGGCCAGAUUUCCAUGGCAACCGGUCUCCCUUAGCAGAUCUGACUCUGAAGGGCAUGGUCACUGGAUUGACACUGUCUCAGGACCUUGAUGAUCUUGCCAUCCUCUACCUGGCCACUGUUCAAGCCAUUGCCUUUGGGACUCGCUUCAUCAUUGAGGCCAUGGAGGCAGCGGGCCACUCUCUCAGUACCCUCUUCCUAUGUGGAGGCCUAAGCAAGAACCCCCUUUUUGUGCAGAUGCAUGCUGACAUUACUGGCAUGCCUGUGGUCCUGUCGCAAGAGGUGGAGUCUGUCCUCGUGGGUGCUGCUAUUCUGGGUGCCUGUGCCUCCGGGGACUUCCCUUCUGUGCAGGAGGCGAUGGCACGAAUGAGCAAAGUGGGCAAGGUUGUGUUCCCGAGACACGAGGAUAAAAAAUAUUAUGACAGGAAAUAUCAAGUGUUUCUGAAGAUGCUUGAGCACCAGAGAGAGUAUGCAGCAAUCAUGACUGGAACCUGGACAACGUUUGUGGGUGCCGACCCGUAAAGACUCCGCAUCACUCGUUAGGGGGGUCUGUGUGUCCAUCCUGUGCCCGGUGACCUUCCGGUCUCA